AUGCUCCCCUCAGCCCCCUGCCCCGUCCCCCAUCUUUUUUUGUACGACACCCCCACAAUAAAAGCGACACCUGCAGCCUGUGGUGGGAUUGGCCGGGGCCCCCCCCAUGCCCAGUUCAACUGGGACCCUGAGACAGUGGGGAUGAUCCACGGCUCCUUCUUCUGGGGCUACAUCGUCACGCAGAUCCCUGGCGGAUUCAUCGCCCAGAAGUUCGCGGCCAACAGGGUGUUCGGGCUGGCCAUCGUGUCCACCUCGGUGCUGAACAUGCUGAUCCCGUCAGCCGCGCGCACCCACGUCGGCUGCGUCAUCGCCGUGCGCGUCAUGCAGGGGCUGGUGGAGGGCGUGACCUACCCCGCCUGUCACGGCAUCUGGAGCAAGUGGGCGCCGCCCCUGGAGCGGAGCCGCCUGGCCACCACAGCUUUCUGCGGCUCAUACGCCGGGGCGGUGGUGGCCAUGCCGCUGGCCGGGGUCCUGGUGCAGUACACAGGCUGGAGCUCCGUGUUCUACGUCUACGGCAGUUUCGGGGUGUUCUGGUACCUGUUCUGGGUGCUGGUGUCCUACGAGAGCCCCGCGCAGCACCCGACGAUCUCGGCCGAGGAGCGCAAGUACAUCGAGGAGAGCAUCGGCGAGAGUGCGGGCAGCAACCCGCUGCUGCUGGCCACACCCUGGCGCCACUUCUUCACCUCGAUGCCCGUCUACGCCAUCAUCGUGGCCAACUUCUGCCGCAGCUGGACCUUCUACCUGCUGCUCAUCAGCCAGCCCGCCUACUUCGAGGAGGUCUUCGGCUUCGAGAUCAGCAAGGUGGGGCUGCUGUCGGCGCUGCCACACCUGGUGAUGACCAUCGUGGUGCCCAUCGGCGGCCAGAUCGCCGACCUGCUGCGCUCGCGGGGGCUAAUGUCCACCACCAACGUCCGCAAGAUGAUGAACUGCGGCGGGUUCGGCAUGGAGGCCACGCUGCUGCUGGUGGUGGGCUACUCGCACUCGCGGGCCGUGGCCAUCUCCUUCCUGGUGCUGGCCGUGGGCUUCAGCGGCUUCGCCAUCUCCGGUGGGGACAGCGGGACUGGGGGGUUUUGUACGCGCGAGGAGUGGCAGUGGGUGUUCCUGAUCGCCGCGCUCGUGCACUACGGGGGCGUGGCCUUCUACGGCGCCUUCGCCUCGGGGGAGCCGCAGCCGUGGGCGGAGCCGCCGCGCGAGGAGGCGGAGCCGCUGGCGCCGGCCGGCGAGGACGACGAGGAGGAGGAGGAGGAGGAAGGAGGAGUGGGACCCCCGGGACCCCCGGGAGGGCCCCCCGCCAGCUACGGCGCCACCGGCACCACCCCGGCUCCCGGGACCCCGCACGAGUGACGCGGGGCGCCCGCAGGGAUGCGCUCCGAAGAGGCGACCCCACCCCCCUUCCAUCCCCAAGAGCCCCGGGAUCCAACGGGGACCCCCGGUCCGAGCCCCCCGAGAGCCCUGAGACCCCCGGGAGCCACCGGGGACCCCCAGUCCGAGUCCCUGAGAGCCCCGAGAACCCCAGGAGCGACCGGGGACCCCCGGUGCGAGAGCCCCGAGAGCCGGGGCCCCUCCGCUGUACAUAUAUAAAUACAAGGAGCGACCGCUGGA